CCCCUUCUCUCAACCAAGCCAAGAUGGUGCGGUUUACUCUUUCGGACAUCCGUGAGAUCAUGAACUACAAGGAGAACAUCCGCUGCCUCUCCGUCAUUGCCCAUGUCGACCACGGCAAGUCCACCCUUACGGAUUCGCUCAUCUCCAAGGCCGGUAUUAUUUCGUCGGCCAAGGCUGGUGAGGCCCGUUUCACCGACACCCGCCAGGACGAGCAGGAUCGUUGCAUUACGAUCAAGUCGACUGGUGUGUCGCUUUUCUACGAGGUUGACGACGAGCUCGUCGCUCAGUUCUCGGAGGCGCAGGCCGCGUCGGGCAAGAACGGUUUCCUCAUCAACCUCAUCGACUCGCCCGGCCAUGUCGAUUUCUCGUCUGAGGUGUCUGCUGCGCUUCGCGUUACCGACGGUGCCCUGGUGGUCGUCGAUUGCGUCGAGGGUGUGUGCGUCCAGACCGAGACCGUCCUCCGCCAGGCGCUCGGCGAGCGCAUCAAGCCGGUGCUGAUGGUCAACAAGAUGGACCGUGUCUUCCUUGAGCUCCAGCUCGACCCGGAGGAGGCCUACCAGUCGUUUGCCCGUACCAUCGAGUCGGUCAACGUGGUCAUCGCCACCUACAACGACGACGCCCUCGGUGACGUCGCCGUCUACCCGCAGGAGGGUACCGUCGCGUUCGGCUCUGGCCUCCACGGCUGGGGCUUCACCCUCGGCCGCUUCGCCUCGCUCUACGCCAAGAAGUUCGGCGUUGCCGAGAAGAAGAUGAUGAAGAAGCUUUGGGGCGAUUCGUUCUUUGACCCGAAGACCAAGAAGUGGCGCAAGGUCGCCCGCUCGGACAAGGGCAAGCCGCUCAAGCGCGCCUUCUGCCAGUUCGUGCUCGACCCGAUCUACAAGCUCGUCAACGCUGUCAUGAACAACGAGACCGCCGUCAUGGAGAAGAUGUUCGAGUCGCUCUCGAUCAAGCUCAAGGGUGACGAGAAGGAUCUCCUUGGCAAGCCGCUCCUCAAGGUGGUCAUGCGCAAGUUCCUGCCCGCCGCCGAGGCUCUGCUCGAGAUGAUCGUGCUCCACCUCCCGUCGCCGGUCACUGCGCAGAAGUACCGUGUGGAGACCCUGUACGAGGGCCCGCUCGACGACCCGUGCGCCAUCGCCAUCCGCGACUGCGACCCCGAGGGUCCGCUCAUGCUGUACGUGUCCAAGAUGGUCCCGACCUCGGACAAGGGCCGCUUCUACGCUUUCGGCCGUGUUUUCUCGGGCGUCUGCCGCACCGGCCAGAAGGUCCGCAUCAUGGGCCCGGAGUACGUGCCCGGCAAGAAGACCGACCUGUUCAUCAAGAACAUCCAGCGUACCGUCCUCAUGAUGGGCCGCUCGGUCGACCAGAUCGAGGACGUCCCGUGCGGUAACACCGUCGGCCUCGUCGGCAUUGACCAGUACCUCCUCAAGACCGGUACCAUCACCACCGAGGAGUGCGCCCAUAACUUCAAGGUCAUGAAGUUCUCCGUCUCGCCCGUCGUUCGUGUCGCCGUCGAGCCGAAGAACCCGUCGGAGCUCCCCAAGCUCGUUGAGGGCCUCAAGCGCCUGUCCAAGUCUGACCCGUGCGUUCUCUGCAUUUCGGACGAGUCGACUGGCGAGCACAUUGUUGCCGGUGCCGGUGAGCUGCACCUCGAGAUUUGCCUUAAGGACCUCGCCGAGGACCACGCUGGCAUCGAGAUUGUUCAGUCCGAGCCCGUUGUCUCGUACCGUGAGACCGUCACCACCAACUCGACCGAGACCUGCCUGUCCAAGUCGCCCAACAAGCAUAACCGCAUCUGGGCCGAGGCCGAGCCGAUGAAGGUCGAGCUCUGCGACGACAUCGAGAACAAGGUCGUCACCGGCCGCCAGGAUGCCAAGGAGCGCGCCCGCUACCUCAUCGACACCUACGAGUGGGAUGCCACCGACGCCAAGAAGAUCUGGUGCUUCGGCCCCGAGGGCAACGGCCCCAACCUGUGCGUCGACGCCUCGCGCGCCGUCCAGUACCUCAACGAGAUCAAGGAUUCGGUCGUCGCCGGCUUCCAGCUCGCUUCGGCCGACGGUGUCCUCUGUGACGAGAACAUGCGCGGUGUUCGCAUGAACAUCACCGAUGCCAACCUCCACGCUGAUACCAUCCACCGUGGUGGUGGCCAGAUCAUCCCGACCUCGCGCCGCGUCUUCUACGCUUGCCAGCUCACCGCUGAGCCGCGCCUUCUCGAGCCGGUCUACCUCGUCGACAUCCAGGCCCCUGACGUCGCCAUCGGUGGCAUUUACUCGACCCUCACCACCCGCCGUGGCCACGUGUUCGCCCAGGACCAGCGCCCGGGUACCCCGCUCUACCACAUCAAGGCUUACCUCCCGGUCAUGGAGUCGUUCGGUUUCACCGCCGCCCUUCGCUCGCAGACCUCCGGCCAGGCCUUCCCGCAGUGCGUCUUCGACCACUGGCAGCAGCUCUCUGGCUCGCCCUUCGAUGACGGCACCUCGACCGCCGAGGUCGUCGCCAAGACCCGUGCCCGCAAGGGUCUCAAGGAGGGCAUCCCGGCCCUCGGCAACUUCAUGGACCGCAUGUAAGUUGGUGAUCUAAAACAUUUUGCAUCAUU